AUGUUAUACCAGAGCGGCGAGGCGAUAUCGAUAGGGGAUAGUGCGGUACGUGCUCACUUGCCGGGUGUCGGCGGUCGACUGACGGAUGGAGUCGGCGAUGCGCGGGCGCAGCGCCCGGCACCGUCAGCGGAGGCAGGUGGCCUUGGCGGGCGGUGCAGUUUCGAGAUUUAUCUUAAUUGCGCCCCGUCGCGGCUCCGUUUAAGGGCCUUAAUGCCAAGGGUCCCGUGUUCGCGGUGUCCGGCCUCGGACCUCUUAAUUGGCAGCCUGCCUUUGAAGACGGAGUGGAAGAUGAGUGCGUGCUCUAUGUGCUCAACUCAAUAUUGGUCUGAGGACCUUAACAGCGACAGCCCUGCGUUUGUGAUGUCCCAUCGUCAACAAAGACGGCCUCUUGGCAAUGCCAGGAGUCCUGCAUUUACGCCACCCGGCCGUCUUGUAGAUGGGUUGAAAUGCAAACGUGCAUCUCUACUUGUUCUACUCAACGUGUUCUGUGUACUAAUCAACUUGGUAAAACUUGGA